AUGUCAGAAGUACAACAACGUUCAUUUAUGGCUUUUGGUGCCGAUAAAUCACUUUGGAAAGACUUUACACGUGAUUGUCAGAAUGCUCUUGGUCGUGUUGCUCGUGCCAUCUCCCAGUAUCAGCCAUUGACUGUUUUCUGUCGUGCCAACGAACGUGAUCUAGCAGAGGAGAAAUGCGGUAGCCACAAUGUAACGUAUAUCAUCACGGAACUAGAUGAUAUCUGGAUUAGAGAUUCAGGUGCAUUCAUACAAAUAUCACCUGCCACCGGCCAACUGAGUUCUGUUGGUUUCAACUUUAAUGGCUGGGGAAACAAGCAGAAACACUCAAAGGAUGCCAAGCUUGCUGCUUUCAUGUCGGAACUCUAUUGCCCAUCAACUUUUAGAAGAAGUGCACUUGUUGGUGAAGGCGGUGGCAUCGAAGUCGACGGACAUGGAACUGCGAUAAUGACCGAGAGCUGCUGGGUCAAUGCCAACCGAAACCCAGGCUGGAGUCGUGACCAAAUCGAGCAGGAACUGAAGGAGCAACUCGGCUUGAGAAAAAUCAUCUGGCUGCCAGGCAUCAGAGGAAAAGAUAUUACCGAUGGGCAUGUCGAUUUCUAUGCGCGUUUUGUCAGACCUGGUGUGGUGAUUGCCAAUCUCGAUACCGAUAAGCACUCACACGACUACAAUGUCACCAAGGUGCAACUAGAUAUUCUGAGACAAUCUACUGAUGCCGACGGUCGUCCACUUCAAGUAUAUUGUCUUUCGCCACCACUCUACCCGAGAGAGAAUCGAUUCACUGACGAAGAUGAUUUUGCAGCUGGCUAUAUCAACUACAUAAUAGUUAACGGUGCCGUGAUUGCUCCCGAAUUUGGUGAUGAUGAUGCCGACGAAGAAGCAUACCGAUUGCUGUCCGAACUCUAUCCCACUAGGAAAGUUGUUUUAGUAAACAUCGAUGCGAUAGCUGUAGGUGGUGGCGGAAUUCAUUGUGUAACUAAUGAAUUACCUGCUACUCAAUUCAACCAGUCUCAUUAUCCAGCUUAUAACACUCAAGGUGGCUAUUAUCAAUAA